GCGUCCGGCAAUAAGGUGAGCCGACAAUCCGUGCUGUGCGGCAGCCAGAACAUCGUUCUCAACGGCAAGACAAUAGUUAUGAACGACUGCAUCAUCCGUGGUGACCUGGCAAACGUACGUGUUGGACGACACUGCGUGGUGAAAAGCCGCAGUGUCAUUAGACCGCCCUUCAAGAAGUUUAGUAAAGGGGUGGCUUUUUUCCCUCUCCACAUUGGUGAUCACGUCUUCAUAGAAGAGGACUGUGUUGUCAACGCAGCCCAGAUUGGCUCCUAUGUCCACAUAGGCAAGAACUGUGUCAUUGGUCGUAGAUGUGUUUUGAAAGACUGCUGCAAAAUCUUAGACAACACAGUACUACCUCCUGAAACAGUAGUCCCACCUUUCACAGUCUUCUCUGGCUGCCCAGGACUCUUCUCCGGGGAACUCCCGGAAUGUACGCAGGAACUCAUGAUUGACGUUACAAAGAGCUAUUACCAGAAGUUCUUGCCACUCACUCAGGUGGCCUCUGCCAGGGUCUAAAACCAAGUCACCACUGAAGAUCUCAAACAAUCAGCACUGUUAACAUUCCUUAGAUUUGGCCACUUUAUCCUCCUGUCCUCUGGAGCAUCCCUCUGACCUGGGCUGACCUCUACGCCUCUGCCAGCUCUCAGGAAGGAUGGAGUGUCAGUG